AUGGGGACUGGAUUAUAUGAUUUUGAGGAAACAUACCCCGUCAAUCAGUUACUACAACAGAAUUAUAUGCGUUACUACAUGGCCUUAUACUGGCUAAACUUUACAAUCUACUACCAAUCCAAGUGGAAAUUGACGCCAAGGAGGCACCUACUCUGGAUGCUCCAUCAUCCAACAGUUAGCCAUGCGUACAGAGAGCAAAAUAAAUUAGCGGAUCAGCUAGCAAAAUCGGAAAGUUUUUUGGACGGGACCUAUAAUAUACAUGUUUUGAAUCAGCUACCACCUUUUGUUAAGAAAAUUUGGGAAAAUGAUCAACAGCUUAUGUCAGCCACACAUUCCAUACCACUACCAGUAGCUCACUUGCAUGAUCAAGUUAUCCCAGAUUCCAACUGCUUUUGUACUAAUAGCUCGACUAGGAAUGCUACAAACAAUAUAGUUAUUACUAGUAACAUGUUAGUUUGUAAUAUGCUGGUGGUGAUUGCUGCCCUUGUUUUUGGGCCCAAUCAGUUACCUGAAGUUGGCCGCACUAUUGGGAACGCUGUCAAGAGUUGUCAACAGGUUACAGUUUCUGGUAAAAAUUGGGAUGGAUGCCAAAGUAGAGAAGAAAAAAGAAAAAGAAAAGGAAAAAGAAAAGCACAGGAAAAAGGAACAACGGAGAGGGCAAGAAAGAGCAAAAAUGGGAAAAAGGUGGCAACAGAACCUGGGACUCUUUUUAGAUGCUCAACAAUACAACUGCUACUCAUUUUCAUGGAGUCCAUCAUAAAAUCUCUUCAUCAUUUUCACUUUCCUAUCUACAAAAAUUACCGUUUUACCCAUCUUCUUUUCAACCCCCGCCCCGUCCCUACAUUUCAUCUUCAAGCCUCAAGACGCAUUUCCAAUUUUCCUCAGGGAAGUGAUGAUUUGGCUGGGCAUUCACGAAACUGGAGGCGUAAUCGAGGCAGCGUAGUGAGUGGAGACUAUAGGUAUGAAGAGUAUGAAGAUGACGAUGAUGAAGACGAAGAAGAGGAGGAUCGAAGUUUAGAUCUGCUGGUUAAAUUUGUUCAGAAUGUUUUCAAGAAGCUUUCUCGAAAAGCUAGGAGAGCUGUCCGGUCCGUUUUGCCUGUUUCAAUCUCCAGUCAAUUGGUGGCAUUUUCUGUUAAUGGAGUUAUAAUUUUGACAUUUUUGUGGCUAUCCAAGGCAGUUCUUGAGGUAUUUUGCACCCUCGGGAGCGUAAUUUUUGCUAGUAUCUUACUUAUUCGAGGAGUAUGGACAGGCAUAUCAUACUUGCAGAAUAAUCACAACCAUAGGACAGACGAUGAUGAUCGUCGUGCUUGGAGCGGGGUGCAACCUGCGAGUUAAAGGGCCGAAUAGUAAAGCUUCAAAUGAGAUUCCAUAGUGUUAUUCCUGCUAGAUGGGGAUGACCCCUUGAAGACUACAGCUACUCUGAUGCUAUUCGGAAACAAAUAGUAUAGAAAUUUUCCUAACCCAAUAAUUGGGUUAAGGCCCUUUUACAUCUACUGAAUUAAAUCCCGCCAGGUCGAAGCUGGAUCCUUUGUCUUAGACCUGUGUGGUUGUAACUAGGAUGUCAAACACAAAUGUAAACCGCCAAUUUAUCCAAUUUAUGUUUGGAAAUACGUCUAUAAUAGAUCAGAUUUUGCAUAA